UUCUAUUUUCUUAUAACCAUCUUCUUUUUCCAUGCGAGAGAAAACCCGGUAAUGGUUUUGGCUAUGGAGUCUUUAUACAUGCUACAACCACAUUGUUUGAUUCUCCUAACCUUGAUAUUCGUUCUAGUUAAUGGGCAAUUCCCAACAACCCUUGAAGGACCCUUUAAACCAGUGACUGUGCCUGUAGAUUACAGCAUUGUCGGUAAAGUUACUAGCUUGCCGGUCAAUAAGAACCCCUUGUUAAGGCCAACGAUUGAGUUCCAGCCCCAACAAAUUUCACUUUCUCUCUCUUCAAACUUCAGCUCAGUUUGGGUUUCUUGGAUCACAGGGGAAUUUCAGAUAGGUGAUGAUGUAGAACCACUGGAUCCUGAAAGUGUAGCCAGUGUUGUUCAAUAUGGAGUCUACGAAUCGGGUCGGAAUAAUCAAGCUAUAGGCUCUUCAUUUGUUUACAGUCAACAAUUUCCUGAUGAAGGCCUUGAAAACUACACUUCUGGGAUUAUACACCAUGUUCUUAUCACCGGGUUGGAAUCCGACACUAUGUAUGAAUAUCAAUGUGGAGAUCCUAAUAUAACAAUGAGUGAUGUUCAUUAUUUUAGAACAAUGCCUUCCUCAUCCGAGGACUAUCCAAGCAGAAUAGCGGUGGUUGGAGGCCUCGGUCUUACUUAUAAUACUAGCACAAUGAUUAGUCACAUGGUAGCCAAUCAUCCAGAUCUUGCUUUGUUGGUUGGAGGUUUAAGUUUUGCCGACUUAUAUGGUACUGAUGGAGCUUUCUCUGACUGUCAAAAUUGCUCAUCUCCGCAAACUCCUCUCCAAGAAACAUAUCAGCCUCGUUGGGACCAUUGGGGAAGGUUUAUGCAGAUUCUAACGGCUACUGUUCCAACAAUGCUGAUAGAAGGCGAGCAUGAGAUUGAGAGACAAGCAGAUAAUCAGACGUUCACUGCAUACAGUUCCCGAUUUGCAUUUCCAUCCGAUACAAGUGGGUCGACAUUGUACUACUCUUUUAAUGUCGGCGGAAUACAUUUUGUGAUGGUCGGUGCAUAUACUCCCUAUGAUAAAUCAUCUGAUCAAUAUAAAUGGCUGGAACAAGACCUGAGUAACGUCAACCGAAGCGUGACACCAUGGUUGAUAGCUGCUUGGAGUCCUCCCUGGUACAAUACCUACAAGGAACAUUACAGAGAGGCAGAGUGUAUGAGAGUGGAAAUGGAAGAUUUGCUAUAUAAACAUGGAGUUGACCUCGUCUUCAAUGGACAAGUAAAUAAAAUAUUCUUGGCAAUGAAUCAGGUUAAUGGCUAUGAGAGGUCAAACCGAGUAUAUAACUACACGCUGGAUCCGUGUGGUCCGGUUCAUAUCAAUGUUGGUACUGGUGGAAAUGAAGAGAAUUUAACUCUUGAGCAUGCUGAUGAACCUGGAAAUUGUCCAGUUCCCUCUAACACCACGGAUGGAUUUAUGGGUGGCUUUUGCGGAUUCAAUUUUACAUCCGGUCCGGCAGUUGGUAAUUUCUGCUGGAACGAACAGCCUGAAUAUAGUGCUUAUAGAGAAAGUAGCUUUGGCUAUGGGAUUCUUGAGGUGAAAAACCAGACUCAUGCCUUGUGGAUUUGGUACCGUAAUCAAGACCGCUACUCCUUUGGUGCAGAUGUAAUUUACAUUGUACGGCAGCCCGAUCGGUGUCCCAGUUGAACCAAAGGUAAUUAAGCUUAGGUCAAAUCCACAGAGAAAAAAAAAAAACCCCAAGGCAGGAGCGAUGACUUGCUUCACAAACAACAGAAUAU